AAAAUGUUUAAUAAGGAGUUCUAAUACAAGAUAGUAUUUUCAUUAGCCUAAUGGAAAGAUGUCGUUACUGAGGGUGUGGUCUUGUCGCCUUGAGGUUUCAACCCUCACCUGAGUAUUUCAUGAUUAAACACUGACAUGAAUGACACUUCAACAACAGAAGGAGUUAUUCCAUUUGACGAGGACUUGUUGGAAGAUGAAUCACUAUGGAACUUACGAAGAUGGCAUGUCAUACUCAUAUUUUUAUCAGGAUUCUUCGCAAUCGUGAUUGGAAUCUGCUGUUGUAUUCGAUUCAGAAUUCCAAGAACAAAACAAGAAAUUGAAGCUGACUACAUUAGAAAAAAAAUAACGAUGAAGUUUAAGAAACAACUUAAACUAAUUCAAAACUCAGAAAUGGAUGAGAUGGAUUUAAAAAAAGCUCUAGAUCGGGUGAGAACUGAGUUCAAAUCUGAUACCGAGAGCAUUGCACAGUCGGAAGUAUUUUCCAUUGUGAGCACACCAAGAAGUCUAUCCGACUCUCCACCAUAUUCUUACAGAAAAACAAGUGAAAUUGGCAUAAACAUUGAUGACCUUAUUGAACAGCAAAAAGAAAAAAAAGAAAGAGCUGGAAGAUCAAAAUUUACAAAGUUUGUUGACAGCAUUAAAAAGGUAAAUCGGCCCAAAGCUCCUGAGGAUUCAAUCAUACCAUUGGCUGAACAAGAAACAUAUUAAAAUAGGUUACCCAUUUAUAUUGUAUACUAAUAUAUUAUAAAAACUAAUUGAAUAUUUGUUUCAAAUACAUAACAAUAUUUAUUAAUGGUCGAGACAUUGUGAACCAUUAAUGCAAUCAGGAGAGAAGUCCAUUGGGAGUUAAAUAAAAAAACUGUAAAUGAGAACUUAUUUUAAACUUAUGCCGACAUUUCAGCCUGAAUUGUAAAUCUUACCAAAGCUAAAUAAAACAAGAUACAACUAUGUAGGCAAAUGCUUUUCUACUUAUAUAGUUUUAUCUUGCUUAGCCCUCUUGAAAGCCUACAACUUAAACUGAAAUGUUGGCAUAAAUUUAAAAUUUGUAUUUUCUUUCUUGAUUGUUCCCGCAACAAACUCCUUUUAUUCCAGAUUUAUUGCCAG